CUUCGUCGUCGCGUCGCCCCCGCUCUGGCUAGGCUUGAUGCAUGCGCGCCCACACCCGUACCGUUACGUUUGGACAAAACGGUAUUCCCUCGUCUCGUAAAUCUACAAAUCAAACCGUGCUGAAAGCUUGGACGCCUCAAAUACAACGUAGUUUGAAGAAGGAGAGAUUUGUCCGGCCGAAGCUGCUCAAAAUUUGUAGCAGAAAGCACUACAAGCAUCAAGGGAGAUGGGGCCAGAUGAUAUCAAGCAUAUUCUAACUAAUCUAUCCCCACAAGAGGCCUCUCAGCUACGCAACCAUCUCCUCUCAAGAAAUGUGGAGGAGUUGGGUCUCACGCCUGACCAGGCCCUGAGCAUUCUGCAAGCUCUUGAAGAAGGGGACUUUGAGACAAAGCAAGGGGCGUCCAGUGCACCUCUAAGAGCACCUACUGCGUAUUCAUCUCACCUAGUGGAGGAUGUCUCCCAGCUCCUGUCCAACUGGGAAACUGUCUUUGGGUCCCCACCACCACCAAGUCUCCAGGGUGGGAUGUCUGGGGGAGGCAGUUAUCAGACAGGGUUUGGAGACGAGGUAUCCCUCAUCCAGCAGAAGGUAGAGAUGCUAGAAAGGAAGAGAGCCCAAAUCUUGCAGCAGCUGCAGGGGCCUAAUCCGCAGCCAUACCCAGGAUAUGUCAGGGAGACUGCGGAAUGGGCUGGACCCCAGGCAAAGCAGAAGAUGAUACCUGGUGAAGAGGGCCUUCGUGGGGAAGGACCCAGAUUCUUCACACAGGCUGAAAGAGGCAAUACGGUUGUAGGAAACUGGGGUGGUUCCUGGACAAACCAGCUGCAAGGUAAUCACCAGACUUUGGGGGGGAACCAACUCACAGGAAUAAAAAGCCAAGCUGACAACUGGAAGGAAAUGCAGAUGAGUAACCAGCAAGCUGGAGGCCCACAACUUCCAAGGAGACGCAAGGCAUCUAGAUGGGAUUUGCCCGGAAGUGAUGGGAACCAGGCAAGAGGUGGAGGGAACCUGGCCACAGGUGGUGGGAACUUGGCACAAAGCAGUGGAAACCAGGUAAGAGGUGGUAUGCAGCAGGCAAAAGGGGUUGUUGGAAACCAGGCAGGAGGUGAUGGAAACUGGUCUAAGGGUGACAGCCAGACUAUAUGGACCCAGCCUGACGGGGAUAAAAAGACAGGAGGCACGGGAAAAGCCAAUCUUGGAAAUCAACCAAGAGUCAUUUAUCACACUGGGGUUAAAAAGCAGGCCACAGCUUCAGACCAGGAAAGACGUGGCUACCAGGCCACAGGUGGAAAGCAGGCAAAGGGUAUGAAACAAGGAAGGGGCGGAAACAAACCGGGAGGUGGAAGCCAAACCAAAGGGAGCAAGAAUAAAGGCCGCAACCAGACUAGGGGCAGAAACCGGACAAGAAGUGGGCAGUACAGACAAGAUGGGGCAGGCGAUGCUGCACAAGGAUCUCGGUCAAGAAGUCGCAGCAGCAGCAGCAGGCGUGGAUACCAGGGGAGGAUGGAAUCUGACGACAGGGGCAGUUUCAGGGGAAGAGGACAGGGUCCAGAUGAAGACCACUCAUGGGAAGGGGGGAGUUAUGAUGAGCCAGGGUACAACUAUCAAGACAGGGCUGAUGAUUACUAUGAUGGGCGACCUCGGGACGGUUCCUGGGAGGGGCACAGAGACACCGACUACUUUGAUCAGGGUGAUACCAGAAAUGAUGAAUACAAACAAGGAGAUGACCAAAGAUUCGACUGGGAUGAUUACGGGGAGGACAGUAGGGAUUUUGUAGUUGGCCAUGACUAUUAUCGGGAUGAGUCCAGGUCUCGCCCAGAACAAGCAAGAGGCAACAAGGAUGACUACAGAUCCGAUGAAUUCAGACCAGCCGAUGCUGAUGACGGCAGACGUGGUUUCAAGCGCAAGCGAAGUGCUAGUUACAGAGACGAAGAAGCAUACACGCUUGAUUUUGCCCCUGACAGUACAGAACGGGGUUUGCAGAAUCAAGUAAGGAGGAAGAGGAAACCAAAAUCUUCAAGGGCACUUGGGUAUGGCAGGAGAGAGGAGAGAGAGGGUAGCCAUGAGGGCAUAAGAGAUUUUGAUCAGCAGUAUAAGGAUUGGAGAGGUGAUGUUAGGUCAGAGUCUGGUGACCAACGGAGUCAUACUGGAAUGGUUUCACAGGAAGUGGAACCAUUUGAGAGACGGCACUGGGACAGCACUGAGCGGAGCACAGGGUACCAUCCAAACCAGCCUGAAUUUGUUGCCAGGAGUCCCAGUCAAGAAAGGUUUAUGGAAACUGGUCCAAGCCUUGUCAACCGUGACAGGCAGGAUUUUAGGGUGGCGAACCAACCCAUGCCAAGGCCUCUUGAAAUUUCAGUCAUGAGUAAUACCAGACGUUACAGCCAACCUGAUGUAUUCAGCCCCCCACCGUUGCUGCAAGGGAGUGGCUUUUUUCAGAGUCUCCCACGGGUUUCGAACAGGCCAGUCUUCUCACCAGGUGGAGUUCCCAGAACCUCUCGACCACGCUUCCGUUCGCCAAAGACUAAAACGGUGAACCGGUUACCGAAGAGAGCCACUGGCCCCCAAAUCAAACAAAAUCUCGCUAAGCAGCAAGCAGCAAAAGCAACAGCGGGAAAUCAACAAAUAGCCAACGACAUCACCGUAAAGCUCGCGAAGAUGCUUCUGCGCAGGGCCAAGGUGGAACCGCCCCCCACACAACCAGCAAAGCCUACAGAAGCAUCGUCAGGUGGAAACGAAACCAAAGCUGCCCCCUCCAAAACAACCACAGGAACAGCUGAAAUGGAAACUGCAUCGACUGGAGCAGCAGAAACAGCAAGUGACAGCCAAGAUAAGGGAACAGAAGGGACGGAGGUCGCAAAGACCGGUGUCAAAGCAGCAGAGGCACCAGCAGACAAUUCCAUUCCUGAUAAACGAGAGCAGUUCAGCAUCAGAACCCAGGUGUCCGCUUUGGAGGAUCUUGAACUCCAUGGAUUCUUACAUCACAAAGUCAUGACCAAGUGGACGUGCUACAUUUGCGGUUUGGUUUUGGGAAAUGAAACGAAAUUCAAAGAUCACCUGAAGACAGAAGGCCACAGAGUGAAGUUGAGUAGCUACAGUGGAGUAAAUAGCCAUAGCCUACGGCAGAAGCUUGCCAAUCGGCUGAGGACCCUGCCCAACCAGGCUAAGAUUAAACCAGCUCAGCUGAACGUCGGGGAGAGCGAGAGAGUCUACUUCUGCAGCUCUUGUUUUCUUGGCUACACGUGCUCCCCGGAGGAGCACAGGCAGCAACCAAAGCAUCAGAAACUUCAAAGGAUAAGGUCAUUUUGUCCCAUCUGUAACUUGUACUUGAAAAAGAGGACCUCCACCAGAAAGCACUACAGUGGUCUGCUCCAUUCAAAGAUGCUUGAGCUCAGAAAAGCUGAGGAUGAGGCUCAGCGGCGCAUUCUGAGAGACCAUAAGUUGGCCGAGACGCUAUUGACGAGAAGCAACCAGAGACAAAAACUCCAGGAGAAACCACAGAACAGCAGCCAAUCACAAGUGUCUGGUCAGGCAGCAGCCUCCAAAACUACAUCUGCGCUUGACCAAGCUGGUGUUGGGAACCAGAAAGAAGGCUCCACCCACGGGCAACUUGCCAAUCAAACACAAGCCCCCAAGGCAACCAGCAAGCCAGCUCCCGGUUCAACAGGACCUACAGGCAAGACAACAGAUCUGGAGAUCCGUGUGCUUAAAAUGGACAAGUCACCAGAAGUAAUGUCGCCAAAGCUGGAUGCUGACUCAUCCGCCAAGCUCGACAGCGAAGAAAACGAGGAAGAUCUAAUCGGAUUGGAGCUCGUCAUUCCUGUCACCGGCUUCUUCUGCAAGUGCUGCUCAAAGUUCUACAACAACAAGUACACAGCUAGGAGCACUCACUGCAAGACAGACCUACACAAGCAGAAAGUACAGCAAUGGUACGUGCAUGAAGCCGAAGAGAAAGUAAAGACGGACAGCACUGACGGCAAUACAGACACCACCAAGAUGGACGACUCUAAGGAAGCAGCAAAAGUCGAGACAACACAUUCAGCAAAAGACGCUGUAAUUGUUAUAGAUGAUGAGGAUGAGGAGGAUGUUGCUGAAGGGUCACAAGCAACAGGGAAACACAAGAUAGGCACUCAAGAAGGAGACAAAAUACUCUCAGAAGGCAUUUCUAAACAGGAAGCAAGCAGAACUGGGGAAGGCAUUCCAUUCAUCGGGACAGGAGAAUCACAGACUGAUGAUCCGGAUGGAGAACCGGCAUCUGCAAGGUCGGGCAAGAUGCAAGAUGAGGAGAGUAUUGUGGAAGGUGAGGACAUGUUCAUCACGGAGGACCAGGUGGGGCAUCUGCUGCCUGACGAUGAGGUUGAGGUGGAAGGAAGUCCAGAGCUCGGAGAUACUGCCAGCCAGGAAGGGGUGGGAUGUGAUGUCCAAACACCUAUGGAGCAAGAACUACUGGCUCAAGGGGAGGAGCUAAUUGAUGAGGAGCCUGCUGACGUGGAACUCCUGCCGACAAAGGAGCAAAAUACCGGGGAAGUGGACCCAUCUACAGUCCAGGAGAAAGAGCUGGAAGAGGAGGUUGAAUCUCAGAUGGAUUUACCUGGAGGUAAGAAAGAUCCAGAAGAGGAGGUUGAAUCUGAGAUGGAUUUACCUGGAGGCCAGAAGAAUGAAUGUUUCACCAAAGAAGCAGAAACAGGUGGCAAGAAUGUAGAUCCUUCAAUUGAAGCUGAUGAAUACCUGCAAACAGAGGAGAUGGAUGUCGGUGAGGAGAAAAGCCUACAAAUUGACAAUCAGGAGCUUCCGCUGACAGAGGAAGAGCAGCUUCCAGAGGAGAACAAGGAGCCAUCAGCUUCAAAGGAGCUCCCUGCUGAAGUGGCUGUUGCAGAGGAGCCAUCUCAGUCACCCACUGACAAGAUGCAGGGGGGGAAUAGUGUUAAGAGAAACCAAGAGGUGGACGGAGAGGAGGAACCACAGCACGAGGAGGUGACAGAGAAACCCAAGGAGGCUUGCUUGUCAGAAGAUGAUCUCUACGGGGAUCUCGAAGAGGGGAUGUAUCAAAGAGACGACGACGACGACGAUGCCUACUUGGUACAGCAGGAUGGUCAGAUGAACGAUGAUGCAGGCGACCAUGAAGAUGACGAUGAAAUGUUUGCCAUUGACGAGGACUGUUGGGAGGUCCGAUCAGAGGAGGGAGGCAUUGCGCUCAGCAGCGAUGAAGAUGACAAUGGUGUGCAAGGAGAAGCAGGGGAGGAGAAUAAAAUUGACCUUGGGUAACCAUGGCAACUGUAUACUUGAGGGAAACCUUACUUUAUCCUCCUCCACAGUCUCUGUUUGUGAUGUCCCCAGCAUUUACAAAAGAGGUCUUCAAAUUCCAGAAUAAAUGGACAAGAAGAAUAAGUUAGCCACUGCAGAGCGCUGCACAGUUACGCAACUCAUCCAGCUAACACAAUAAGCCUUUUGUGAGUUAACUUUGAAUGAAGUCUGGUACACAGAGUUCUGUAAAUUCACUACUAAAGAUGCUCUUGCUAUACCUCGCUUUUCGGGGCAAGCUUUUGCUUCGUUACAUAAGAAACGCCUCGCACCAAUACAUUGUUUUCAAGGAACAAUAAGGGCAGAGAGGAACCAGUCCAUUUCAGAAAUGGUGGUUGCGCUGCAAAUGCUUGCCCUGAAUCACGAGGUAUACAGUGUCUGUAGUCUGAGGAAUUCAAGUUAUGUUUAUCAGAUAAUCAGAUAACGCAUUGCACCUGAUUUUAUCCAAGUUUAACUUGUAGAAGGCUUAUUCCAUUUAUCAAAUUCCACUGUCACUCACGGCCCGUGUACACGAUCGGUAUUACUCAACCAAUGAGGCAUUUGAAGCUUGCCAAAAUGUAAUGCCAACUUAGACGUAGCCUCCAGUUAUGGUGGCAAAAGAGGAUGAGGUAAUGGGCUAUAGAAUGUUUCAUUCUAACAGGCAAAAUGGAACAUUCCGCCUGUUACCAGUGUGAAACAUGUAUUAGUUGUUUUACAUAAUGCCUAAUUGUCAUGUUAUUUUUAACUAGAAAGCUUGAAAAGAGAUAACUGAUAUUGUAGGCUUUACAUAUGGAGAAACAUCACAGUAAAGGCUCUCAAAUGUGAUACAGGUCACCAAUAAAAACUGGAGUAGGAGUUGAUGUGUAUUCUAUAAAUUAUAUUCAAAUGGUGGAAAACAUGGUUCCCCCUUUACCUGUGUGUUUUGUCUUCACCUUUGACUAGAAAGUAUUGUUUCGUCUUGAUAUGUGUUUUAUAAUGUUCACAAGUGGAUAGAGGCCUUCUUUAAGAAAAGUAAACACGUACAAUAUAUGGUAACUGUUAACCCGAGUAGAGUUCAAUAUUUUCAGAAAGCCACAGAUGAGCUUUUUAGAAGGACGGUGUAUCCUUACAAAUCAGGUGACCUCUUUAAGCACCAGUGGCAUUCUGAUGACUUUCAAGCUGCAAUUUCAAUUUUAACAAACUACCACAAAAGCAGUGAUAGACUCUCUUCGAUUUUCAUUUCCUGGUAUGUUUAUGCGUGCAUACUCUGGCUUGAAAAGGUCGUUAAUUGUUCUUUUGGGGGAUUUUAACAGAGAGCCAUCAUUUCUCAAACACAAAAUCAUUUCCCAGACUUGGUUUAUAAUUGAAGGAAUUAGUGAAUUUGCCUAUCUUUUGUUUUACUUUCACAAACAGCCUAAUUGUCAUCUCGGGUUGUGUCUUGUCUCAGUUGAGCUUUCAGAGUUACGACUUCGUGUCUCUGUGUAUUUCCAAUUGGCAGAGGCCUAGACCUAGCUCUGAAUGUUUCAGAAGUAGCCGUGGUUAGUUUAUUUCAGUGAGUUAUUCACGCUAAUGUAGUGUUAAGUUUGAAAGGAGCGGGGCUGUUAACCGUACCCCAUUUAAUGCAAAGAUAGUGUGUUUAAAACAAUGUUUGCUUCCAAGUUCAUGGGAAAAUGAACCAAAUCUGUCAUUUUGCUGUGUACUGCUUAUUUUAGUGUGGAUAUUAAAUAGAACACUCCAACGAAGGAAAGAGA